AUGUCCCGAGUAUAUAAAGGAAGUGAUCUCGUGCAAUUUAGUCCAAGAAGUGUGGAGUUUUUAAAAUUCUAUAACUACAAGAAUUCCAGUAUUUCAAGUCGCUCCUAUAGUGAGGUGUUUUAUGAACGUUCUAUCUGUACUGAUAUGGAGCAAUCCCAAGUAUCUGAACCUGUUGCGACAAUUCUAGGUUUUGUUUUUGCCGUCAUCGUGUGCUUCGGUGGGGUCACAAAUGCUCUUGUUCUAAUAACCCAUACAAAAUAUCACAAAGAGCUGUUAAAAGAUUCAAAAGACAUUUUAACAUUCAGCUUGGCAUUUGGUGAUUUGGUUAUGUCCAUUAUUGUAACUCCAUUAGCUCUCUCCUCCGCAGUAGCACGGAAAUGGACAACAGGGAGGAACGGGUGUGUUAUUUAUGGCCUAAUGACAACUUGGAUAGGUCUUUCGUCAAUUCUUCAGCUUACUUGCAUUGCCGUCGAACGUUGCUACACUUUGUCCAGUCUAAACGCCAGUAACACGAGCAGAAAACGAGCAACUCAAAUGAUCGCUGGUUGCUGGUUAAUCAGUUUCCUAGCGAGCUCAUUGCCUCUGUUUGGAUUCUCACAAUUUACCUUGGAAGGAUAUGGCCUACACUGUUCAAUUGUUUGGAAGAAUUCGCAUGUUUGGUAUUGCUUGUUUCUUUUGCUCUUUUUCUAUGCCCUGCCAAUUACCACAAUUGCUAUCUCUUACGCCAAGAUGUUUUUAAUCGUUCGCAGAGUUUAUCGAAACGCUGCAGUAACAUGGGGUGCCAAUGCUCAAGCUACACGGAAAAGUUACACAGCUCAAGUGAAGUUUACCAAACAACUAGUUGUUGUUACAUGUGGAUUUCUUAUUGCUUGGACACCGUACGCUAUUAUGUCUGGUCUUCGAGUACUAAGCAACAUUGAAUUUGAAAACGGAUGGUACGAGCUGCCUGCAUUGUUCGCAAAAACAGCAAAUAUAUACAAUCCUAUCAUUUAUUUCCUCAUGUAUAGACGUCUUCGUCGACAUGUCUCUAUGUGUUUGGGUGAAGCAUGGAAAAAGGUCUUCCAAAGUUGGUAA